GAAUGAGUACAGCACAAAUGCAUGUGCAAAAUACUUGAACCGGUCGACUCUGUUUCAAUUGAAAUCUAUGUGGAACACAAUGUGACAUUCACAUGAAAUGCAAACAGAAUCUAGAGUAAUGUGCCAUAAAUCGACGAUCUUAAGAUCGCGGAUGAAAUCUGUAGUGAACGGAACUAAAUUGAAAACACUUGUGAGUCUGCCCGGACCUAAACGCUUAUCGCUACUAGGACCAUUGAAUGAAGUGAUACAGCUUGGAAAUCCAAAAACGCUGCACCAGAAAAUAUCCAAGUAUCACAAAAAGUUUGGUCCUUUAUUCAAAAUUAAAAUGUCAGAAACAACUGCUGUUUUUAUAGAAGACCCAGAUAUGAUGAGGAGCGUAUUUGAAUAUGAAGGCAAACAUCCCAAGCAUCCAGUUCCAGAAGCAUGGACAUAUUUCAAUCGAAAACAUAAUUGCAAGCGAGGGUUGUUUUUCAUGGAUAAUGAAGAAUGGUUCUACUAUCGAAAAUUAUUGAAUGAACACAUAAUGCGAGAUGUCGAUUGGAUGAAAGACCCUAUAAAACGAAUAUGUGACAAGACUGUAACUAAUUUACCUCAGUACGGAAAAAAUAAUACUUCAGGCAAUCAAGUUUUUGAAAUUCAUAAUUUAGAACCGAUACUGUAUAAAUGGUCAGUUGAAGUGAUUUUGUGUAUAAUGCUGGGUAGUUCCUACAACGACCGAAAUGCAAUGAAACUAAACGAUAUGAUCGACGAGUUCUCAAACGUGGUCUACCAAAUCUUUCAGUACAGCUCAAAGCUUAUGACUGUUCCACCAUAUUUGGCUGACCGGCUACAAUUAAAUGCUUGGAGAAGAUUUGAGGAGAUAGUGCCUAAAACACUUUCGAUAGCGAAUAAAAUAAUCGACACAGCACUAGAUGAUCUAGAGCGAGGUGAUGGUUUGCUAUCAAAAUUACAGGAGUCCAUACCAUCACGCGAGGAUGUGAAACGUAUUUUUGCAGACUUCAUUAUUGCUGCUGGAGAUACAACUUCCUUUAGCACGCUUUGGUGUUUAUAUCUGUUAGCACAAAAUGAACCUAUACAAGAGCAGAUUCGUACUCACAACACACAUGACAAUUUCAAAUCACCAUUGAUUCGAGGAACAAUAAAAGAAGCUCUGAGAUUAUUUCCAGUAGCUCCAUUUAUUGGUCGCGUUUUGGAAAAAGAUGCUAUUAUUGGAGAUUUUUUAAUUCCAAAAAAUACUUUGGCCAUACUUUCACUUUAUACUGCAGGUAGAGCUAGAUCGAAUUUUUAUAAUCCAAAUGAAUUUCUACCUCAACGUUGGAUACGAGACGAAUUCAAUAAUACACCGUUUUUGCCAUUUCGUACAAAUGCCAGCUUGCCAUUCGCGAUUGGAAUUAGGAGUUGCAUAGGACGUCGAAUUGCUAUGUAUCAGAUGCAAUUUUUAAUAUCGAAGAUUUUGAAAACAUACUGUUUGACGAUUAUGAAUGGAUCGGAUGUUGAAGCAGAACUGAAACUUGUUACUGUGCCAAAUACUAGAAUCAAAAUGGUGUUCCAGCAAUGCGGAAAAUCGUGACAUAAGCAAAUAUUGGAAUUGAUUUAUAAUUACUUCGCGAUGUGUCACCUACAUGUUUGUUGCGAGUUGAAAAGAAUCUGUUAUAUAAAAAUUUGAUAGUCUUUUGAAAAGCAAAUUGGAAUUGAUUUAUAAUUACUUCGCGAUGUGUCACCUACAUGUUUGUUGCGAGUUGAAAAGAAUCUGCUAUAUAAAAAUUUGAUAGUCUUUUGAAAAGCAAAACCAUUCCAAUUUAUUAAAAA